AUGGGACUCAGCUGCUUCAAGUCCUGGAAACAUGACAGUACAGGCCACAAAGGUAACAGAGAUGUGUUGGCCAGCCCAGGCUCGUAUUUCUUCCUGUCCAACAGCGCCGGUCAGGGUGACGAGUGGCUGAAGAGCCUCAACAAGGGAGUCUGGAUCCCUUUUACAGGGGUCUUUGGUCAGCGUCUGGAGGAGACGGUGCUGUAUGAGCGACGUUAUGGGGUGCGUUUGGUUCCUCUGGUGGUGGAGCAGUGUGUGACCUUCAUCCGGGAGCGUGGCCUCCAUGAAGUGGGCUUGUUUCGUCAGCCAGGACAGGCCAGUCUGGUGAAAGAGCUGCAGCAGGCUUUUGAUUCAGGGGAGAGGCCGUCCUUUGACAGCAGCACAGACGUCCACACCGUGGCAUCACUACUGAAGCUGUACCUCAGACAGCUGCCGGAGCCUCUGGUUCCUCACAGCUGCUACCAGGACUUCCUGCUGUGUGGACAGAAGCUGAGGAGUGACCGCACACAGGGUUUGGGGGAGUUCAGGAAUCUUCUUCAUGAGUUGCCAGUUGCAAACUUCAACCUGCUGAACUUCAUCUGCCAGUUUCUGAACGAGGUCCAGAGUUACUCUGGCAGCAACAAGAUGAGCGACCAAAACUUGGCCACUGUGUUUGGGCCAAACAUCCUUCGAGCCAAAGCUGAAGACCCACAAAGCAUCAUGGGAGGCGCAGCAUUGGUCCAUGUCUUGAUGUUGGAGCUGAUCAGAGAGCACGAGUCUCUGUUUGCCAAAGUAGCGCCACACAUCUCCACCCGUCCACCGGGAGGUCCGCAUGCGUCACCGGGCGCUCUGAGGCAGCCUCAUCUUCACCCGACGCCCUGCCUUCGCCAGCUGUCUAUGCCUCUCAUCGCAGAGCGCUCCAGGGAGCCGGGACAGCCCGCCACAGAUGCACAGAACCCCAGCUGUAUCUACUCUGCUGCUGCCAAUUCAGACUCGUCAUGGGCCCAGAAGAGACUCCUCGGCCAUCGCUACACCUCCUCCCACCCAGAGAACUGCUUCUACCCCCUGCCCUCCUCCAGUCAGUCCCCUCAGCAUCACCAGCAUCAUGCUGGCCAAGGACCAUCUCCUGCAAAUGCUCAAGCCUCUACAACCAGUCUCCAGCUACAAGACCCACUUCCUGACACCUCCAAGCCCAGACUGACGCUCAUGGGCUGGGCAGAGGCGUGGUCAGGCCCCGGAGAGGCAGAUGCUGGUUUCUGGAGCUCUAGUGCUGCAGAGGAAGCGGCUGCAGUGCCAGAAACAGCUAGUAGGGGCAGCAGUGAAGCUCAGGAGGAUAGUACCCCUUCUGCUUACGACAACAUGGACAGAGUGGCUUUACAUCAGAGGAUGGAGGAUGUCCCUGGAGGAGCUUUUGAAACCAACAAUCCUGGAGGCCGUAUUGGAACUUGUGAAGAGGAAGCAGAGCUACAGGAAGCUGGGCAAACAAGGGACUCCUCCUCUUCGUGGUCCUCCUGUGAGUUUCUACCAUUGGACAAGAGCGGUGAUGCUGCGAGAGCCGUUAGUCCUGACAUGUCACCAGAGAAACCUAAAAGGUUACCUUCGAGUCAGGUAGCAGAGGAGGAAAACAGCGCUAAACACGGCCAUGAAGACAACAACAACAACGAUGACGAUGAAGACGGCGAUGAUGAUGAUGAUGAUGGCAUCCACCACCCUAACUCCCCAGCCUCCUGUUCUGUACUCAGUGACAGCUUUCUCAGCACAGGCAGUUCAGAGGUGUUCCUCCCCUCUGGUCCUCCAAACUUCCAGGGGCCUGAACCUGAGUCACAGCCCAGGGAGGCUCACUCACUCCUGGCUGAGCUGCAGAAGCAGAUGGCCCAGCAGAAGGCUGAGUACCAGGCCAGGAUACAGAGGUUGGAGCGCUGCAAUGACGUCCUCGAGCGGCAGGUUGCCGUUCUCCGGGUCACUCUGGAGCAGCAGAAGCGCAGCCAAAGCGUCGCCGAGAUCAAGAUCCGGAACAUGGAGCGAGCCAAGGCCGACGCGGACCGCCGAAACUCCACGCUGCAGAGAGACAUGGAGCUGUUCUUCCAGAUGUAUGGAGAGAUCAGGAGAAGAGGAGGAGGUGAAGGAGGAAGAGGAGGAGGGAGCCUCUGA